AUGGCGUCCGAUAACGAAGCCUCCUGCGUUAGUGACCCAAAUUUCGCUGUGAUCUGUUCGUUUUUGGAGUAUUUCGGUAAAUCCUGUGGCAUCAGUUACCCAGACAUUGGUAAACUCCAGUCUAUGCUCGAGGAUAGUCACGAUGUGCCCCAACCACUGAUAGAUCUCCACAUAAAACUUCUACGUAAAACACGAAAGAGCGUGUCAGCCGAAAAAUGGGAGAAGGCUCUUGUUAAAUUUUGUCAUACGUACUCCAAUCAGGAUGGCUGGGAAGUGGAGAGAUUCGGAUACAAAAAAGUCCGUACUGCUGUUAAAGUUCGGUUACUGAAGGUGCUUUUGGAGUCACAGUUUGACUUGAAUCAAAAAUUCAAAAACGAAGUGAACAAAUUAUCUGCGAAUGAGCUGCGACUGGAGCCACUUGGACGUGACAAGACUGGUCAAUCUUAUUGGUUCCAGUUGGACGAGGAGUGUAAUAUGAGAGUUUAUCGGGAGGAUCUGGAUGAGGAGAGUUGGGAGUUGGUUGCCAAGGAUCGCGAAGGCGUCGUGAACCUCAUCACCACCCUGUCAGACGGUGAGGCAGCUUCCAUCCCCAUUAACGAGGACAGCAACAGCCUGGAGAUCUCGGAGAAGCCCAUCACCGACACAGGCCAAGUCACCUCCUCCCCCUCCCUGGACUCUGAUCCCCCCGAGAACGGUGACACCUCUCCCCCGACCCCCUUGAACCCUCCGAAACCUCCAAAACCCAUCAAGGACCCCGAGCCCCUGGACUCAGACUCGUCAGAGGCGUCAGACCUCACCCAUGACUCCUCCAACCCUAGCCAGGACGACUCCUCCCAGGACUCCGAGGCACCCCUUCCCCUCCCCCUCCCCUCAAAAAAGCCCCCUUUCCACCCUCCCCUCAUCCAAAAGUCAAAAGCAGUCCCUUUGAAACCCCUGAAGAUGUCGAAGCCUCCAGAGCCAGUAAAAUCAGUUCUGAAGGCAAUCGAAACCCCAGUGAUAACGACUUCCCCUCCAAAACCUCCACAGAGGCACCUCCAGGCGUCAUUCACACUGUCAGAACCCCCGAAACCUCAGAAAUCUGUGGAUAAACUGGCGUCCACUCUCUCUCGUCUGCAAUCGGAGAAGGCAGGGGUCUCCAAGCUCGAGAAAAUAGCUGAGAACCUGGCGAGAACAUCAGGCAUAUCAAUGGCGAAUGGAGAGGAGGACAAACACCCACAGGACUUCACCAGGACCAGGGGAAUGGACUUGACAGCUCCGAGAGGGUUCGACCCAUCGAAGGACCCCAGCCGUCCAGUGGACUUCUCAGGAAUGGACCUGAGUAAAUCCUCAUUCAGAAACGAUAUCCAAGCGCGUGAGAUCGACCUCUCCACGCGGAAGCCCAAGCCAGACCCCAUGAGCUACGGACCCCUCCACCGUAGCACAAUGGACCUGAGCAAACGACAAUUAUUUGGCUACGACACGUACCACCAAAGACAGAAGGACGACCACAGGCUGGCAAAUUACUCGAUCCUCCCAGACCCCAGCAAACUAUCGAUGCGAAUGAAGAGGAGUCACGAGGACGAGCCAGAGAUGGUAAAGCGCCUGAGGACUGAUGGAGUACCAGUGAGAAAAAGGAGAGACGAUCCUGGCCCAGCCAUCGAGGAACCCCUAAUGAUGAUCCAGGGUGAGGGCUCUGGAUCUGAUUGCGACGCUGUAAAUCCUCACCCAGAAACACCUGAUGACCCCGAAAUUGGUGAAGCCAUCGAAGACACCUUCUUCUUCCAGGGUGAGGGCAGUGGUGCUGACUGUGACACUGGCAAUCCCGGUGAGGAGGCAUCCAGUGACAAUAAAGAGAGCAAUGAAUCAAAAGACAACAGUGGAGAGGUCAGGAAGGACGUGGGGAUAAAACCCCUCGUCAACGAUUGCGAAGAGGAGAAGAGCAACUGUCAGGGUUCCUCAGGCUCACCAAAAGCCAAGUUCAAGCCGACCCUCGGGGUCCAGGUGUUCACCAAGACACCUGGGGGCAGCUCCAAGAGGCUCUCCAGGUGGGACGUCAGGGAGACCGACGAAAAGAGAGAGUGCGACAGCAGCAUCACUGGAGACGACACAACCGUCAUUUCCGGGAAUGAUAUCGAUGGUAAAUCCAUGGCCGAGGGGAUAUCCAGCACGACGAGUCAGAAUUCCGUGACUUCCUCGAGGAGUUUUGAGGUCUCGUCAGCUGGUGCUGGUGCUGAUGAGGCAGACGAUGCUCCCAGGUUUUUUUUUGGGCCGAAUUGCGUGUCGUACACUUCAGAAGCUGCGGGGAAGUGUCCAGGGGGCGACGUCGUGGGGAGUGAAAGCCCUGGAGAUGUUCCUGAAGGCCCUGAGCCCUCGACAGCAUCAGAAGGUCCACCAGAGUCGUCGCAGUCUGACGAUCCCCAAGACGUCGUGACGAAUUCUUCAGAGUCCAGGGUCCAAUCCACAGGUGCUGACUCCUCUGAAGUCGUUUCCACAGUUCCUGAUGAUGGAAAAGCCCCUGAAGGGGUGGGAGAACCUGAGACAACAGCAACUCCUGAUGAUUUAGGGGGUCUGGAGGAGGGGAUCGACUCCACUGGGGGGGAAUCCGUGCUUCCGGAGUCCUCUGAGGCCUCAGGAUCUGCCGAGUGUACUGUGGAUGUGGCACCAGCUCCUAUUGUCGAUGGAAAUGCCCUCAAAUCGCCUGAGAGGAUUAAUAUCGCUCAGGAGGAGACUUCUGAGGGGAAAAAUCCUGAUGCUGAUGAUAACAGGAGUGUCUCAGUGGAUCAGGACUCCAAUGAGGCUAUGGUUAUUGAUGACAGGGGCUCUGACUCCAAUGAAUCGACUAGAGAUGCUGGAAAGUCGGGCCAGGGCUCAGGGGCAGUUGCUGCUGAUAGCUUCGGGGAAAUUCCUGAGGAGCUGAUGCCCUCGGAUAUUUCUCCCACCACUAAAGAGGAGGAGAGGGAGCUGGAUGAGGCUCUCGAGAGCAUCGACACUGAUUCCAAGCCCCAGGCUGACACGAAAGGUGAUGAAGAUGAUUUAAAAAUUGAAGCAGCUGGGGAUGUCGAUGGGAAUGAGACAAUUGUCGAAGAAUUAUCGUCUAAAAGGGAAGAAAUUCAGGAUGAGGUUGAGAAGUCUGAGGAAAUCUCAGUGGAUAGUGGGGAGAAUGCGGAAAUUGGAGAGGAAAUUCCAACGAAAAGUGAAAAUGUCGAAGGUGAAACAGAUAAAUCUGGAGAAUUUCGACAGGAAAAUGAGGAGAAUCGAGAAGUCGUUGAUGAAAUUCCAUCGAUAAGUGAAAGUGUUGAACCUGCGGUUGAUGAAUCUGAAGGAAUUUCACCAGAAAAUGAGGAGAAUCCAAAAACUCCUGAGGAAAUUCCAUCGAAAAGUGAGAAUAUCGAUCCUGAGGUUGAAAAUUCCGUGAAAAUGUCCCCCGAAAAUGAAGAAAAUCCACAAAUUCCUGAGGAAAUCCCAUCAAAAAGUGAAGAUAUCGACCCAGAGUCUGAAAAAACUGUCGAAAUUUCACCAGGAAAUGAAGAAAUCCCAUGGAAAACUGAAGAUAUCGAGCCUCAGUCCGAAAAAACCUCCGAAAUUCCCCCAGAUCUUCCCCAUGAACCCGAGGAAAAUCCUCAGGAUGAGCCUCCCCCACCCCCAGAGGAAGAAAUCCAAGAGGAGAAGGCCCCAGAGGACGUGUCCUCCCCCUCUGAUGCCCCUCCCGCCCCAAAACCUGAAGAAAACCCCUCAGAAAUACCCCCAACUCCCCCAGAAGUCCCACCAAAAUCUCCAGACCCAGUCAUCCCCUCUGAGGACGCAAAAAAUCCAGAGGUUUCUCCCCCAGAAGAGGUUCCAGUGGAGCCCCUGCCUCCCCCAGGUGACGUCUACUCAAAGCCAAAACCCUCAUUAGUCUCCCAGGCAUCACUGGUGGCUAAUUACGGAAGUGAUGACUCGAAUCUACUUGGCAGUGACGAUGUCUUCGAGGCAGAGGUGCCUCCAGGGCCAGAGGAGGUUGGAUCCACCCCCGAAGGUCCAGAGAAUAUUCCUGAGGAAGUUGAAUCUGUUCCUGAAGCCCCAGAAGAAGUUCCUGAGGUAGUUGGAGCCACCCCUGAAGCCCCAGAGGCACCUCCAGAGGUGGAAAAUCGCUCUGAAGCUCCAGGAGAUGCCCCUGAGGACGUGAAAUCCCCUCGUGAGGGUCCAGAAACGCCACCAGAGGUGGAACCAGAGGUGGAACAACUCCCAAAAGCUCCAGAAACCCUCCCAGAAGAGGUUGAAUCGACUCCUGAGCCCUCAGGGGAUGCUCCAGAGGACCCGACACCCUUGGAAAUUCUCUCUGAGGACCCCCAGCAAAAAGAAACACCAGAGUCUCCAGGAAUUACCGAGGAACCUCCACCAGUCGAUCCCCAGGAGCAAAAGGAAACUGAAUCUCCCCCUGAGCAAGACCAAAUCGAUGAUAAACCUGAGGUGUCCCCAGCACCUGAAGAGGCCCCUGACCUGGACACGCCCUUCGACUCCCCGGACAUGUUUGACUCUUCAAAACCAGAGACUCCAAUUGAAAUCGACAACCAAGACAUCGAGAAGAUCGCAGCGACACUGAACCAGGACGACGAGGAUGACGACGAGCCACUAGAGUUUCACAUCGAGACGAAGGAAUCCCCAGCUCCCUGUGAGGAGCCCGAAUUCCCCCAGGAGAUGUCUGACACCUCGAGUUGUCAGCCCCCAGAGGAAGACUCGAAAGAUCCCCCAGGUCUCCUGGAAGUCAAGCCUGAAGACCCUCCAAAGCCUGAGGAUCCUGUGGACAAGCCCUUGGAGCCACCACUUCCUGAAGUCGUCGAACUUGAAAAAUCUGAAGCUGAACUAGCCCCAGAACCCCCUCGGGAACCCGAGGAUCCACUGAGCGAAAAGAUUGAAGAGCCACCAGUAGCUGCAGUCCUCCAGGUGCCCGACCCCAAGGAGAAGACCCCCGAGCCCCAGGUGAUCACGAUAAACGACUAUCAGAAGAAGGAUCGCGAGUCCGACGAGGACAACUCGCCAAUCCGUCAGGUGUCGAAGCGUCCUCGAACCGAGCCAGAGGUCAAGCCCCUCAAAAGGUCCCCAGAGAUCCCCCAGAGGGAGCGAAACUCCCUGCAGGAGCCCAAGCCCGAGAGAAAUCUCCAGAACCAGAAGCCCCUGGAGGAGCUGAGGCCCCAGAUAACCCUGGCCCUGAGCCAGGAAAAACCCGACCUGAAGAAGGAGGCGAGCAAGCGCCUGCACCUGGAGCAGGACCCGGAGGACCUGCCCCCCGUAAAGUCUCGCCCCAGCAGGACAGACUUCAUCAAGGACCAAGUCAACGACAUCAAGGAGGAGCAGAAGCCCGAAGAGCUCAACAAUCUGGAGGGUCGCCUGAACCCUGGGGCCUUGAGACCCCCUGAGCUGGCAAUCACCCACCUGAACCUCUCCGACGACUCCGAAAACUCGAUGGGAAUCGACAACUGCAUGUACGACCCACCCCUGAACAACGUCGACCCCCUGGCGACUGACGAGCCCCCAAAAACGGAGGUAGACCCCCCAAAACCCGAGGUAGAGCCCCCAAAACUGGGGGUCAUAAAGCUCAGAGAAGUCAGGGAGCUGCAGUACGCCAACUGGAAGAUGGAUUCACCAGAGCCCCAGUCCCCCCAGCCCCGCGGGAGGCCCUCGCGAAAGCGUCGUAACAGCGCCAACGACUCCAACUCCGAGGAGCGAAGUCAUCCCCAGGAAGCCGAGGACGCUGGAGGCAAGAGGAUGAAACUCCGUGGGAAACGAACGCCAGACGUCAAGCUGAGGAAGUCGGUGGAGGCGAACAGGGUGGAGGCCAGCUCCGACGAGGACGCGCCUCCCCUGUCGGAGGUGCUGAAGCUGGUGAGCAAGAAGGAGGGGCUGGAGCCCCUGACGGAGGUCAAGCCCAAGGGGAAGAGGGGGAGGAAGCGAAAGGGCUUCAGGGGGAAGGGUCGACCGCCGCUGGUGAAGAAGGAGCUGCCGGCGGUUGUCGAUGUCCCCAAGCCCUCAGAGCCGAAGACGGAGGAGACGCCUCCGGCGCAGAAAAAACGAAAGAAACGCAAGAUGGUGCUGGGGCUGGAGAUUGGGAUCGACAUCGUGGAGCCCGACGGCCAGCAGAACCCCGGGGAGACGCCGGUGCGUCAGUCCCGGAGGAUCGCCCAGAUCAAGAUCAAGGAGGAGGCCGACCGCCGGAGGAUCGAGGAGGAGAGCAUGGAGAGCGUGAGGCCCACAAAAGGGAAGAAGGACGACGGGAGGAGCAAGAAGAAACGCAGGAAGCACAAGGACUCCGACGAGGAGGUGCGCAUUCGCGAGGUGGACAGAUUCCUCAAGGAGAAGCAGAAGGAUAAGGAGAACGACAAGGACAAGGACAAGUCCAAGAAGAAGCGGAGGAAACGCAAGAAGAAGGAGGUGAUGAUGAAGUUCAACGAGGCGAAGCCCUGGCAGAGCUCCUCAGGCUCGUCCUCGGACACCGAGGAGCACGAGGAGGAUGAGGAGGAGGAGCCGGAGUCGGAGGGCUCCCUCCUCUUCAAGAGCGACCACGAGUUCUCCCCCGAGAGCGACCUCGAGAAGGACGCGGAGUCGGAGCCCCUGAGGCGCGCGAGAACCGCGCAGAAGUCGGAGGAGCGGCCGGAGGAGGCGGACGAGUACGCCUGCCAAAAAUGCGGGAAGGCAGAUCACCCUGAGUGGAUCCUCCUCUGCGACACCUGCGACAGGGGCUGGCACUGCAGCUGCCUCCGGCCAGCGCUGAUGCUCAUCCCCGAGGGCGACUGGUUCUGCCCGCCCUGUCAGCACACCCUUCUGAUAAACAAACUCCGAGAGAGCCUCAAGACUUACGACCAGAACGUGAAGAAACACGAGAACGAGGUCCUCAGGAAAAAGCGUCUGGCUUACGUCGGCAUCAGUCUCGACAACGUCUUACCGAAGAACGAGGUCGGCAGGAGGUCGAAGACCAGAGACGCUGGGGGGGACAGUGAGGAGUCCGAAGAGGAGAGUCGAGAGGAGUCUGGAUCAAACGCGGGCUCCAACUCCAACGGAUCGUCCUCGUCCUCGUCGUCAGGGAGUGGCUCCUCGUCCUCGGAGUCCAGCAGCGAGGAGAGCGAGCCCGUCUACCAGCUGAGAGAGCGCAGGUGCGCCAACACCUCCUACAAGUUCAACGAGUACGACGACAUGAUCAACGCCGCCAUCCAGGACGAAGUGGAGGCGGUCCAGGGGGCGGGCAACCAGGGCCGGGGGAAGGACAUCUCCACGAUCGUCAACGCCGAGAAGGAGGAGACGCAGGAGGCCUUCGAGAAGCAGAAAGGAGCCGCUGAGGAUGAGGCUGACAAGCACUCGGGGAAGGACAGCGACAAGGAUUACGCUGUGGAGAAGGAGGAGGACGAGGACGAGGAAGAGGAGAGGAAGAAGGUGGUGGUGCGCAAGUCCCUGGGGAAGAAGAAGCACAGGAAGCUGAACAGUCUCGACAUCAGCAGCGAGGACGACCCGGAGUCGGACGAGGACUUCAAGGGGAGCAGCAGCGACUACGAGGAGGAUUACGAGGACCAGAUGAUCUCCUCCGACGACAGCUACACGGACACCAGGAGAAAGGGAAAGCGUGAUGCAAGACCUGUGAGGAGGUCCACGAGAGCAGCUAGAAGACAGAGAUACGACGAGGACUUCAUCAAUGACGACAGCGACGAUUCAGAUCGCCCGAAGCGCAAGAAGUCGAGGUCCAUCUGGGACGAGGAGUCGGAGAGUGAGGAGAGCGACAACUCCUGGAGGUCGAGGAAGAAGAGGAGCAAGCCGUCGUCGCUCCCUCGACUCCGUGCAGCGCCGAAGAGCAAAGGGAAGAAGAAGAAGAAGAGAAAAAGGAUUGUGCAGAUGGAGUCUGAUAAUGGGUCUGACAACGAUGGAGAGGAGGGGAGAGUCGAGGCACCCCAGGAGGCGGCUGCUGAGCAGGAGGAGCUCCCUCCGAAGCUCGAUGAGCCUGAGGAGAAAGAGGCAGUCGAGGCCCCUGCGGUUGAGGAGGUCGUCAAGGAGGAGAAGCCGCCGGUUCUCCAGGAGCAGAAGCCUGAAGGGGUGACUGAGACUCACGAGAGGAAACUUGCUGAAGAGGGGUCCGAAGCCCCUCCGGAGAGCCUCGAGGACGUCCCCCAGGAUCAGCCCCCGGAGCUCCUUCCGGAAGCCCCGGAACCCGAGAAAAAGAAGGACAAGAAGAAACGGGAGAAGCCGAUUCGCAGGAGAAUCAUCUACGGAGGGCUUCCUGAGGACCGCCCUCCGGAGGACGAUGAGCCCCUGGGGAGGAGGACCCGGGGGCGGAAGAUAAAUUAUCAGGUGGACGCGAUAAUGUCGGACAGCGAGGAGGAGCUGAAGAAGGCGCUCCGUAAGACGGAGGACAGUGAGGACGAAUUCGUGAUGAAUGAUGGGGAGGAUCAUAAGAAUGAUGCUGAUAAGAACUCGGACUCCGCUGACGAUGAGUACUCGCCGCAGAAGAUGGCGGGGGCGAAGCACAAAUCUCCGAAGAACCGGAGGUCGAAGAAGAGCCCGGCAGGAAGGAAGGCUCCGGACAAUGGGGAGCCGAAGCAGAGGAAGAAACCGGGGCCAAAGCCAGGCAGCAAAAACAAGCCUCGCUUAUCAAAAUCACCGGGUGGCAGUAUCACCCUGGAGGGUACCCCGUCAAUCGGCGAAGUGGAGGGCAGCCUAGCGAGCCUAGCCCCAGAAGAGCUCGGUGAUCUCAACGACGAGCAGCUGGCCCAGAUGAUGAUGGAGGAUGAGGAGUACGGGCGUCGUCAACUGGAGCUCGCCGCCAUAGAGAUCGCAAAGAACAAAAAAAAAGAGGAGCGCGAAGCGAAGAAAUUGGAGAAAGCGCGGCAAAAAGCCCUGGAGAUCCUCGCAGCUGAGCAGCAGAGGGACCCAAACGCCCCAGAGGGAGCAGAGGGUGAGGCCCCGAAGAAGAAAAAACGAGGUAGACGAAGUAAAGCGGAGAUUCUGGCUGAGCAGAUGAGAAGAGGAGCUGACCCAGCCCUGGCAGUCCUCCCACCGACGGUUCCAGGGGUGCCACCAGCGGUUCCAGGUGCAUCAGGACCCCCAGCAGCUGCAGCACCCCCAGCCCCAGGGAUUCCCCUCUCCGUAUCCCCAGGAAUGCCAUCCCUACCAGCAGUCUCCAUCCUCCCAGUGGACCUCGAGCGACCUCAGGAGCACCUCAUCCCCAGUCAACUGAUCACCGGACCCGAUGGACAGCUGCUGAACCCCGACGGCUCCCCAGUGAAACCAAAAAGACGAGGUCGAGGCAAAGGGAAGAAGACCCUGGCCAUGGAGGCAGCCCGAGCCGAAGCAGCCGCCAAAGCUGCUGGCCUAGUGGACCCCGAACUCCGUUCAGACGACACCUCCAAUGUUCUACCAACACCUGGCAGCUCCACCUCAGGAUCAGCCCCAUCAACACCUCCACUGACCAUCACCCAAGUCCCAGUGAGCCAGCCAUCGCAGUCGAUCUAUCCAUUGCCUAGUCAACAGUCUUCCGUUAUAACGAGAAUGCUCCAGUCCCAGCCGAUUUCCUCAACAGCACCUCAGUCAUUUACAGCAGCAGCUGCUGCUAUGGGUCAAAAGUACUUCGGCGUUCCCAAUGCCAGUAUGAUGGGGGCCAGGGGGGGCUACGACCUCCCCAGGGGGCGCAUCCCCUCCCCCUACAAUUCGAGGCCUGGGGGGCCGGGACUUCCGGUGCACUUCGCUGUGAGGUCAGGGGCACCGCCCAUGAGAAUGAGGGUCCCAGGCCCCUCUCAGCUCUAUCACACCCCCCAUCACCCCAUGGAUCCCUCGCCAAGUGGUGGGGGGCCCAUUUCCAUCACCAGCAGGGACAGAAGUUCACCUUUGGCCCCUGGCCCAGCCAUGAUUCCACCAGCUGCUGGCAGUCCCCUUGCCAAGGGGGGCCCGACCCCUCCCCCACCCCCCUAUGCACGAGGGGGGCCUCUCGCCAGAUUUGGGGACAAUCAGAUUGCCACAAGGCAUCCAAUUCCACCGUUCACAGCCUCUGGCAAUCACUCGGUGCAACAGCCAUCACCACCACCAAAUAGACCCGGUAAUUUCUCCCCUUAUCAUCCACAACCACCGCCCAAUUAUCAUUACGGGGCGUAUCCACCACCACCAAUGUCCAGUGAUGAUGCUGCCUAUCAGGGAUCACCUUAUCCAAGUGAACAUUUUGCCAAUCAAUCGGAAAAUCCACCUGCACCCACUGUCCAAGCGCCACCUGCAACUCAGGCGGGGAGCUCGCAGGGGAGCCAUAACUCGGGACAUUCAACGGGGAAUCCCCCUGGGGAGGGGCCACCGCCCAAUCCUCAGGGGCACGGACCUCAUGGGAAGUACGACGAGGAGGGGAGUGGGGAGUUUGGGGGCCUAGUUUCUUACUUCAGCAGCCAACGAGAGGAUGAUCUUGAUUCGUAGCAUGAGUGAACUCUUGGCCAACAGAUUUAAUGAGGGGGACUCAUGAUAGCUUGAUGUGGAUGUGGGGGAGGGGGAGUUGGUUGUUGGUGAGUGGUCGAGGAAUUUGCAACGGUUUUCUGGACUCGAAGUAGUAUUUUCUUUUUAAAUUGUGCAUUUGGAGGUUUUAGGAGGAAAAUUCUUGGCUUUUUUUGGGGAGAUUUCAAAUGAUGAGGACAGGAGUUUUUGGGGAGUCAACGGUUGGCGAGAUUGUUUGAGAUUUGAUGAGGAUUGGUUUUUAUUAAGGGGAGAAUUUUUUAUGGAAUUGUGAGAAGAAGAAAUGUCUUGAAAUUUUUGUGGAAGUCAGUAAUUCUUAAGAUGAUUCAACAUUUAACAUCAGUUAAAUGUUAAUCAUUUAACAUUUAACAUCAGUUUUUGUCUAGUAUUCGAAAUUCUAGAUUUUUUUUGCUGAUUGAUACAUCAAGAGGGAUUUAAAACGAUUCAGUUGGACUCUGAGAAAACUCUGAGUAUUUUUUUGAUAGAAUAGAAUAGAAUAUGGUUUAUUU